UGCGAAAUGUUGUUGAAGUACAGUUUAAUUUUGGCUCUCUGCCUGGCGGCAGUGGUCGUAAGCAAUGCCGAGCGUGCGCGUUAUGACAACUAUCGCGUCUAUAAGGUGACCGCCUCCAAUGCCAAGGAGCUGGCAUUUUUGAAGAAAAUGGAAGACUCUAGUGAUUCGUUGAUUUUCUUGGAGGGUGUACACGAUGUGAACAACGAAAUAGAAGUUGUUGUAGCGCCUCACAAGUUACCCGAUUUUCUGAAAGCCUUAGAGGACAACGAGAUCGAUUACGUAUUGAUCGAGAAUAAUUUGCAAGCGCAUCUCGAUAAUGACGAGGUCACACAGAUCGCAUCACGUGCUGGUGGUUAUGGAUGGGAGGAGUACUAUGAACUGGACACUACCUACACUUGGCUGCAAUCAUUGCCCAGUUCAUAUCCGGGUGUAGUGACUCUCAUUGAGGGUGGCAAAUCUUAUGAGAAACGUUCGAUUUUGGGUGUAAAAAUUUCAUAUAAUAACGGUCAAUCGCAAAAACCCGGUAUCUUCCUGGAAGCUGGUAUUCAUGCACGUGAAUGGAUUGCACCGGCCACCGCUACAUACAUCAUCAAUCAACUAUUGACGUCAGAGAAUGAUACUAUUACGGAUUUGGCUCGGAAUUACGAUUGGUACAUUUUCCCGCAUGCCAAUCCCGAUGGCUAUGUUUACACCCACACUACGAAUCGUUUGUGGCGCAAGACCCGUCAGCCCCAUGGCACCUGUUAUGGCGCAGAUCCCAACCGUAACUGGGGCUUUUACUGGAAUACGGUCGGCGCUAGCAGCAAUGAAUGCUCUGACACCUAUGCUGGCCCCAAUGAAUUCUCUGAACUCGAAACGCUAUCGUUGUCGAAGUACAUCAAAUCAUUGGAGGGAAAAAUCCAAUUGUAUAUAUCCUUCCACUCGUACUCUCAAUAUGUGCUUUACCCAUAUGGACAUACCAACGAACUGCCUGAUAAUGUCGAAGACUUCGAACGUGUAUUCAAUGUUACAGUGGCUGGUAUUGGCCAGCGAUAUGGCACCAAGUAUACCGGUGGUAAUAUUUACGAUGCCAUUUAUCCAGCUGCGGGUGCUAGUGUCGACUGGGCUUACGCCAACGUCGGCACUCGCAUGGCGUUCUGUCUUGAAUUGCGUCCAGGUCCAAAUUCCAUCCUCACUGGUUUCAGACUGCCAGCCGAACAGAUUAUACCCACCGGUGAGGAAACUCUGGAUGGAUUGGCCGCUAUGGUUAACGAAGUUAAGACUUUAGGUUACUUUGUGUAAUGAAGAGUGAAGAAUAAAAAAAAAACUUUCAAAAGAUUUGACCAUUGCUUUACAAAACAUAGAAUGCCUCAUUUGCUUGCUUGGCCCUCAAGGAAAUACAUUACUUCGAUUGCUUAUUAUGCAGAAAGCUUAAAUAUCUAAUGAGCAGCGUUUAACUUCAAAGGUUUGUUUUUUUCAUAGGC